AAAAGGUGAAAUGAAUUUAUUUGAGAUUGAAAGCAAUAAGAUUCUGUCAAGGAAAUCCUCUGUGGGAUGUUCCUCUCGUAUAUCAUAUUAUAGAAGUGGAGAAGGUGUUCCUUUCAAAUGGGAAAUGCAACCAGGGAUAGCAAAGGAAUCAUCACCGGCAAAAGAGCUUCCACCACUCACUCCACCACCAAAAUUUCUUAGUUUGGGGCUAACAAAACCGUGCAUUUUGGACACCAAAAUACCAGUUACAGCUAUGUCAAAGCUACGGUUUUGGAAGAAAAGGGUUAUCAAAAUCAAAAGCAAUAAGCCACAAGAAGAUUGUUUUCAUGAAGAUUUUGAUGUACUAUCAUGGUUGGAUUGUAGCUCUGAUUCUGAAUUUAUGGCAUCACCUCGUGGUUCAAGCUUUUCUUCUUCCUCUUCGUCAAUGUCAAUGAUUAAGAGUACUCGUUCUUCAUUGAACUCAGUGUGCUCGUGCUCGGAGCGUACUGUCAAGCGAGUGUAUGGAGGUUGCUUCCCAAUGAACAUGAGAAGAGUUCUUGUUUCAAUUACAAGGCGUGAUUGAAAAUAAUAACAGUAUUAUUUAUGUUUUUCCCUUUACAUUAGAAAAAUAAA